AUGCAGAAUCAGUGGAGAAUAUAUAUAUGUUGUUAAUUUCAGUAAUUAUAUGUUGCAUAAUUUGGAUAGAGGAAGUUUUUCAAAGCUGCAUUUGGAUUUUAUUACUAUAAGAUAUGGGAAACAGCAAAUAAAUGCAGCAUUCUCCAGAAUAGUAUAUGCAAAAUUUUUAAGCAUUUAGUGACUGAGAAUAAGAGUAAUUUAUUAACUUCUACUUUCACCUUUAUCUUCAAGGUAGCUGAAAAAAUUAGUAAGUUGAAAAUGCUUUAAAUUAAUUUCUAACAUUCACUAUAAAGCAAUCACAAUAAUUAGCAGACUCACUUGAUUAAAAGCAGUGUAAAUGAAGCAUACUAGGAAAAAAAGAAGUUAGUUUCUCAUAUUUUGGUUGCAUAAUACUCAUAAUCAAAAGAGUGUAUGAAUGUUAAAUAUAAAGUAUUCCAAAAACAUUUAAAAAUUUCUCCAUAAUUAUGA